AUGACGUCCACAAUCGGCAUCCCCAUCAAACUCCUCAACGAGGCACAGGGCCACAUUGUGACUCUCGAAAUCACCAGCGGUCAGACCUACCGUGGGAAACUGCUCGAUGCCGAGGACAACAUGAACGUUCAGCUAAAAGACAUCACGGUAACCGCUCGCGAUGGCCGCGUCUCCCACCUCGAGCAGGUGUAUAUCCGGGGCUCUCACGUGCGCUUCUUUAUUGUCCCGGACAUGUUGCGCAAUGCGCCCAUGUUUAGGAGCAGAAACCUGAGAGGACGGGGUGUUGGUCUGGCGAGAGGAAGGGCGACUGUUAGUCGGGCUAGAGCCGGUGGACGCCGAUAG